GCAAAUCUACCGGCAUUUGUACUGCUAACUUUAGUGAAUGACGGUUUGCCGAAUCUCAACAAGUGGAAAACUUUGUUUCAAAAAGUCUUUGUGUGUCUAACAAUAAAUAUAUAACAAGAUCAAGAUGGUUCUGAACGUACCGAUCAUGAAAUUCUAUAACGGCAACGAAAUGCCGGCUUUCGGUUUGGGUACAUGGAAGUCCAAACCUGGUGAAGUUACUCAGGCUGUUAAGGAUGCUAUUGAUAUUGGGUAUAGGCACAUUGAUUGUGCCCAUGUGUAUGGUAAUGAAAAAGAAGUGGGUGAAGCCAUUAAAGCAAAAAUAGCUGAAGGUGUUGUGAAAAGGCAGGACCUUUUCAUCACAAGCAAAUUGUGGAACACUUUCCAUAAGCCAGACUUGGUUGAACCUGCCAUCAAGAAAACUUUGUCAGAUUUAGGUCUAGAGUAUUUGGACCUUUAUUUAAUCCAUUGGCCAAUGGCAUACAAAGAAGGGGGUGAUAUAUUUCCCACAAAUGCUGAUGGUAAGCCUGCAUUGAGCAAUGUAGAUUAUCUAGACACAUGGAAAGCAAUGGAAGCUUUGGUAGCAAAGGGACUGACCAAGAACAUUGGUGUAAGCAAUUUCAAUUCUGAACAAAUUGAAAGGUUGCUCAAAAACUGUACCAUCAAACCAGUUACAAAUCAAAUUGAAUGCCAUCCAUAUCUAACUCAAAGAAAGCUCUCAGACUUUUGCAAAGAAAGGGGUAUUCUCAUUACUGCCUACAGUCCUCUUGGAUCUCCUGACAGACCAUGGGCCAAGCCAGAUGAUCCAAAAUUAUUAGAAGACAAAAAAUUGGUUGAACUUGCCAAAAAAUACAAGAAAACACCUGCACAAGUUCUAAUUAGAUAUCAGUUGGAUCGCGGGCACAUAGUAAUACCGAAAUCAGUAACAAAAUCAAGAAUUGCUCAAAACAGUGAGGUCUUUGACUUCAAACUCACCCCAGAGGAUAUUGCAUAUAUUGAUACCUUUGAUUGCAAUGGCAGGAUCUGCCCAAUGACAGGAACCGAGCCAAGUCCUUACUAUCCCUUCAACAUUCCAUUUUAAGGAAUUGUAUUAUGUUAAGAAACGAUAUGUACAAACUGGUAUAAUUUCAUCAUUUAUAUAUUUUUCUGCAUGUUUUAUACUGCAUUCUGUAUAAAAUAAACUGCACAAUAAUAAAAAA